AUGGCUGGCGAUCUGGAACAGAUCAUUGCGCGGCUGCAAGAUGUACGGAAUAAGAGAUCUCAGGCGCAAGGCCUAGUCGGUGAUCUCCAAAUAUGCGUGACUGAGCACAAGGCACAACUUGCAGAAGCCAGAAAGAAGCUCGGUGAUGCGCGGCGCUCACUCCAGGAGCACAAGGACACGGCUACAGGUCUAAUCAAACGCUUUAGCGAUGAGCCUCAACAUACCCCUGCAACACCCGUCACUGUUGGAGCCAUCCCGGUUGUAGCUGAGACGUCUGCAGAGGCUGCCCGUUUAUCCAUCGCGGAGUGCGACUCCCGCCCCAACCGUGAAGGUGGACACAUGAAGAGAGUAGUCGAGUCGAUUGUGAGCUCCGGGACUCAGAGGUCACAGUCCUUCGAGCCAUUAGAGGUAAUCCACACCCGCUUCGAGAACGUGGUCUUGUUGGAUGUUGAUUGGACCGAGAUUCGAUGCCACCUCUGUGGCACCAAUGCCUGUGGUGAUGGCAGGCUUUUCAAAGGGCUUAGCGGUCUUUACAAUCAUAUUAAAGGCAAGCACUCGAAAGGGAAGACUGUUUACACCAGGCAGGACAUACUCGAGAAGUGCACGAAACGCUUAAUUGACGCUUAA